CCUAUUCAACACGCCAAAGGGGCUGCUGACUCCUUCUUGCCACCUUGUGCAGAUUUGUCUCCAUCAUCACAUCAAGCAGAGAAGAGUUUCUUCAAGAUGUUCAGAGUAUGAAGGAAUAGCUUGAAGCAAUCUAACAAGUUCGCUUAUCGAGCAUUAUGUUGGAUUGGAUACAAGAGCGUCCCAUCCCAUCAACCGAUCGUACAAAUAAGCCAUUACCAAGUAAAAGGGGAACUUUAGGCGGCAUCCAAUCUAGUCUCUCCGGGAUCAAACGAAAAGUUACUCGCAAAAGCUUGCCAAACAUCUCUUCUCAAGCGCAAAUUUCCUCUUCAGCCAGCUUCAACGCUUACCAACAGAAGGAGAACAAGAGCUUGCACGAUAAUAAGCAAUCGACAUUGCAUCAUCACUUUACCGGCCAAGGCUCUUCCGUACAAUCGAAUGAAGAUCUUUUAACAGAUAAAGGUGACGUGGAAAUGUCUUUUGCCUCACAUUUGAAUGCCAAUAAAGGGGCACAGCAUUCAACCUUGUUCGGCUCACUGCAAUCCCACCUUUCAUCGCAUUCAUCCGGUAAAACGAUUGGGAAAAGACGAAAAACAGAUACAGGCGAUGUGAGAUCGAGCAGAACAACUGAAGAAGACAAAGAGCCUGUCAAGCGUAGAAGGACUUCUCAGACUUCAUUCGAGAACGUUCUCAGCUCGUCUUCUGAGGAUGAGGGUAGAAGACUAUAUGAUCAACCGAAAGAACACAAUCGGGAGCUUGCUUCUGCUUCUGCAACGGAGGAGACACAACCAUUAGCUUGGAGCAGUGAUGAAGAACAAUCAAUCAAACCAAAGCAACCGAGUCCAGUCCAGAAGCGCAAGAUUAAACCCAAGAGGCGCACCAAGUCUGCCUUUGCUCCCGCGAUUUCACCAUCAAAGAGGAAGACGCUUAUCGAACAAAGUGCAAAAGAUUGUGCUAUGCAACAAGCUAAACGGAAUCAGAGAAAUGCACUUAGUCCCAUCGAGAAUCAAUGCGACUCAAAGCGUAUUGGAUUUCUCGAUCCAUGUAGCUAUCAAAGCAUCGGUGCAUUACGGGACAAAACGCCCAGUCCACUGCGUAAAGGCUUCUCCAUUGUUCAAGUAGGGAACGGAGACUAUUUCUCACAUGACGAGCCAGAUUCUGAUGAAGAAGAUGACCUUGAUAUGCUAGGCGGCCCGACAUCACCACUCAUGUCCCGAAUGAUGCCUUUUUCAAAUUCUCUUGAAAAGAAGCGAGCUCAGUCAUCACCUGCUAAAACAAAACAGCGCAUAUAUGCGUACGAAACACAAGCGGCGUCUCAGUUGAAGAGUGGACUUGGCAUUCUCACCGAAGAGGAUAGCAUGGAAAUGGAUGACAACCGAGAUAAUGGCAUGGAAACUCAGGAAGGAGAAGCAAGCAAUGCUGUAGGAAGUAGCCAGACAGCACCUGGCGGAUCAUGGCCUGGUCAAACCAGAAGCGGGGAUAGACAGACCGAGCAAGAAGUAACGGACAGCAUCAGCCGGAAGGCAUCAGUGAGUGAGGCAAACGAAUCUCAAAGGAAGUCCUCGCCUCCCUUUCGAUACGAAGAGACGUACAUGAGCGAGACUCCGGAGGCAGGUGACAACAUUAUCGACGAAACUUUUCGAUUGCCGUCCUCUCAAGAGCUGCCAGAUCUUCGGACCGCUGUCACAAAGCGCACGCUGCGAUCUGUUUCGAAGAAAAGAGACAGCAAUGGGGCCGACAAGACCGACGCAUUCGAUACGACCAGCUCACUUAGCGACGUUGAAACACAACCGUUAGCUUGGGAAGAUGAAUUUGCCGAAGAUCCGCCGCUCAAAACUUCAAAGAAGAAAGCUUCACAAAAGCAUGGUAAGCAGAAUACACCGCGCUAUUCUGCUGGCUGGAAUGAUCUGAGUCAGGUCUGGAGUGGUCACAUUGAUACCGAUAAAACCGUUGCAAAGAAGCGAAAGAGUCAGACCCAGAGUAGCCUCAAUUCGUUCGGCUUCUCUCGUACGGCAAAAGGAACUCAAGAAUCUGACAUUCAGCACGCCGCUAUGAGCGACCCCGAGAAUGUUGACUCAGACGAUGAGUUGGAUUGUCUGGGUGCAACGCUCGACGAUGAGCAUGAAUCGCAAGCCCCUCCUCGUUCCAGCAAUCGAUUACGGCUUGAUAAUGAAGGUUCACGUGCCACAGCCACUUCUCUUCAACCAAAAAGUUUUACUCGAAAUAGAUCCUCUUCCCGGCAAUCGAAGCCGGUCAAUCUCAGUAGCAGUCAAGAUGCUAUGAGCAUUCCAAGCGAUUCAGGUCUUGACAGUCAGCUUCGACAUUUCUUGGAUGAACUUUAACAUACAAAAAUUUUCAAUUGUACUUGUACCGCAUAUCAACAUUUUAUACAUAUCCAACCAUCUCAACAUUCUCAUCACACGGAGCUACACAAUGUCACAUAUUUUCCAAUUGAUUGAAUUCCA